GGAGGGAGAGAUUACGUGAUAAAGCAAGCAAAAGGCUCAUCUGGGGUGUGGACUUAAAAAGAGGGCAGGGUAAAAGUGGGCGGACGGGUAGCUGCUCCACUUUGUGCUUUUAGACUCCGAGUCUGAAUUUUGUAACCUUGAGAGAAGGAGGAUUUUGGCUUCAGCAGACACACAGGCAUCAAACACAGCACGCUCAAGAUGUUGGUUCUCCUCGGUGCCAUCUUUGUUGUUCACAUCGCAGCCAUCAUCCUACUCCUGGUGGCGACCAUUGACAAUGCCUGGUGGAUGACUGACACCAUGUGGACUGAUAUAUGGGCCCGGUGGAUAUUAAACAACAAAGUCUGGAACUACACUAGCCUUCCCACUCACAUCUACACCUACCCAGAAGAUUAUCUCCAGGCUGUGCAGGCCAGCUCAGUACUGGCUUGUAUAUUCUCCAUUUUGGGCAUCUUCGUGUUUGUGGCUCAACUAUUCACCCUCCAGAAAGGGCAGAGGUUCACCAUUUCUGGCAUCUUUCAGUUUCUUGCCUGCCUGUGCAUCAUGAUCGCAGCCUCCAUCUACACAGACCGCUUCCACAAAGAUGAAAAGAACGGUUGGUAUGGGCACAGCUACAUCCUGGCAUGGAUCGCCUUCGUGCUCACAUUGAUCUCUUCCAUCACUUACUUUGUGCUACGUAAGAAGACAGCAUGAGCACACUAGACCUUCCUCCUGCCAGCCCAUAAUGUUUGGCUGGAUGUACUCUUUCAGCUAAAAUCUGGCUUUAAUUAGUGACUGUGGGAGGUUCCCGUGUUUGUGUUCAUCUGCCUGUUUUUGCCAGUGAACAUUUGUCAUAUUCGUUGAAGAAAAUUCAGAUUUUAGAUGUAAGUGUGUAUUCAGCUGUAAAAUUAAAAUUAGAACUACUUGCUGACCAUCUCAAAUGCUUUGAUGGUGUUUGUUCGAGUCUGCUGACAGUUGUGGUUUCAAACUUUGGGGGUGUGUUUAUUUCUGGAGUGAAGGACAGACUCAUACAAUCACAGUUGUAUUUGAGCAAAAUACUAUUUAAUACCCAGAGUUACAAUUGGGUUGGAAUUCUUGAAGGCCUCUAAAUAUUAAGAAUAUUUUUGUUUGUCACAACCCAACAUGGCCUUAAAGAGGAAUUCUGGUAUUUUUCAAACUGAACUCUAUUUUAUGUGUUUGUGGGUUAAACUGUUCACUCAGGA